AUGCGCUCGGCGCCCGGAAAGACUGCGCCACGGCUUCUCGAAGACCUCUACAGCUAUGACCCCCCGUACGAGGCCCAAUAUGGACGCAACAUCCUCACCGAACUCCCGCCUCACUUCGACGAGCGAAGCCGUCCUGCACCUAUACCCAAGGGUAGCUGUCGCCAUCUCUUCGUGACGAAGCCCACGUGGCCCAAGACGGCAGACGCAGCUAGAGCAUCAGAGAGUGCCGCUGUACCGGAGCUCUUGCUGUUCUGUCCAAAAUGCCGACAUCACCUUGAGUUUUCCAUCGACUACGCUGGAGAUGGGUUUCAACGGACUAUACCAUGCCCGAGCAAGUCCUUCCCGUUACACCACUUUGUGUAUGAACCUGUGGUAGGAGAUGAACAGAUGGACAUGGAUAGUGACCAGGAGGUUCGGACACGCUGGUUCGCUUUCGAGUGUACAGCGCCCCAGUGUCCGGCAGCUCUAUCGAUUUGUUUGAAAUCACCAAGACUCAGGCCAGAACACAUCGAACUCCUCACGGAUCCCAACCUUCUCAGAAUCAGGUUUGAAGCUGCCGUUCUGAAGGACCCAGAUCGAGCAGACGCAAGGCCCGCAAGGCCGGCCGAGGUGCUGAACAACCUGAACCUAUACCUGAGAGACGCACUGGACGUUACGAAACCGCACAGAAGGAUACCGGGGAAGAACAGGAAAUUUAUGACCGCCUUCGGAGAGAACUGUACCGAGAUCCUGGAGUACUUGAACUUCACUUAUAUCCCACCUGCGAGUGCAUAUGAUGAGGACUUCUGGAGUCCACCUGACCUAGCCGCAGAAACCGAUCCGGAAAGGGCUGAGGCUAUACGGAGUUUCUUAGAAGAUGUCAGAGAAGAGCUGUUGGCUCUCAUACAUCAGAGACCCAUCGAAGAAGUACGCACUCUCAGAAACUUCGCGUACGAUUUCCAACCAGCGACGAAGUCGCUCGAGCAAGCCCUUGGAUGCUCCGACUGUGGGUAUCCUGCCUUUAGGACUGCUCGAAGACUUACACUUGCUCUCGGAGCGCUCAGUGACUUUUCCGACAAUCUUCUCGCCUUCGCGUAUGACAGACAAGUUCAAUGCGACCCUAUCAAUGCUCCCUACUACUUUGAAUGCCUGGAGGACCUCAGCAGGGGAAGGAACAGCGAGACACUGAACAUGAAGGUAGCAAUGCUGUCUUCGGAGGGUAGGAUUAGUCGGAAGGACGUCUCGAACGCGUAUGCGUAUUUCAACAUCGAAAUGAGCCACGUGCCGCACAUCAGCGACGAUCACAUUAUCGGGCAAUUCCAGUCCCGUCUUUUGGAUAUAGCCGCUUCACAAGUGCCGGAAAUGCGGCGGCAGUUGAGAAUCGUCGGGGAAGCGCGUGGGAGCCCCAAAAUCCUUAACGCCGCGGAUAACGCCCUCGAAACAUACGAUCAGGCCCUCUCGUGGCUGGGAGCCACAGCAGAUUUGACGGAUGAUUUUAUCCUUACUUGCUAUACCGCCAAGAUAAGUGACUCGCCUGGCGAUGAAGCACUCGGUCGCAAAGCUGUCGAAAUCAUUGCGGAAACACGCAACAGUGUGGGUCUUCGGAACUGGUUACGAACUGCAGACCUGGUGGAACCGGAGCUCGACGUCGGCGAGGCCUACAGUAUAUUACAGAUCGACGACAGAAGCACUGCUCUCAGCGGCGACAGUCUUGACGCCAUUCUUGCGGUUCGACUCGACGAAGCACCUGGCCGAGCCGACGAAUUUCAACGAGCAGCUGCCGUCAUCCGGCAAACCGUAAACAACAUGCCCAUGGACUCGACAUCGUUCCCUCGAGGGAACCAGCCUGCCGGCCUGCAGAAUAUCGGGAAUACUUGCUACCUCAACAGCAUUCUGCAGUUACUUUUCGCUAUCAAGCCUCUGCGCGAGCUCGUCCUGGAGAUUGACAACUACAAGAUGGACAUGAGUGAUGAGAAGGAGCUGGCAAGGAAGAGAGUCGGUCGAGCCGCCCAGAAGGAGCACGUACACCGGGCCCAGGAUUUCGUUGAUGAGCUUGCCGCACUCUUCAGGGAAAUGAUGAACACCCCCAACCAGUGGGUGGUACCCAAGGAAGCAGUGCCAGCCAAGGCGGUCUCUGGCCUGGAAGUGGAAGAAGACCAGCCAGUGGCAAGCGCACCAGAUGAAACUAUGCCGGACGCCCUGCCAGCCACCGUCAACCCAAGCGACAUCGUCUUGCAGACCGAUACUAUCAUGCAGUCGACAGAGCAGGACGAGAGUGCGGUGGCGGAUCCUGCGUCAGAUAUGGAGGUCAAACUUGGUGACGAUGUGAGCCAAACUACUCUGGUCGACAAAGACGAAAACGAGGAGUCCAAGGACAAAGUUUCUGGUGGCGAUGUAGACCAAGCGAACAGCGUCAGCCCACGGAAGGACUCGUUCGCGUUUGACGAAGCACCGGUUCCACUUAGCAAGCAGGAAUCCGACUGGGCUGCACCAGAUCGUCCGGCUCCGCAGCCUCCACAGCCCGAGCCAGAGAAGUCAAAGUUUAAGCCGCUGCAACGAGAUGCAAAGGAGGUGAUGGACAACAUGCUUUACCUGCUAGAGCUGGCGAUUAAGCCGAACGGCCAUGACUCAGACGGCGAGCAGCUCGAUCUGAUCAAAGAGCAAGGACCCCGAGGCGUCGACCAGGCCCUGGACGAACGCCUCGGCAUAUCAGCCGACCAGACGACCGGCAAGCUUCGGUACGACUGGCUCGAACACCUCCCACCGAUCCUCGCUCUAGACAUCAUGCGAGCAGACUUCGACACCGCGAAAGGAAAAGCAUACAAAGUCAUGCACCACCUGGCGCUGGAAGACACGAUCUACAUGGACCGCUUCCUCGCGCCGUCGAAGUCACCGCGUGACUCGGCCUUGGCGCGGGCCCGCGAACGCGCCUUCGCUGCCUCAGAAGAGCUGGAGCACGCACGGGAGCGCUACGCCACUCUAACCGAGCUGAAAGACGGACUCCAGCUCCACGAUGCCGUCGAAGCCGUCGCGGACUACCUCGGCACCGCCAAGGAACAAGGCGUGCCGCUCGACGACGCGGAAAGCCUGGCCGGCCAACUGACGCAAAAGGCCGCAGCUCUGCACGAGGAGAUGCAGACGCUCGAGGCCCAGAUCCCCUCCCUGAAAACCGCGAUCUACGAGCCGUUCAAAGACAUGAAACAGCACCCCUACCGCCUCUUCGCGCUCUUCCUCCACUCAGGCCUGACCACAGGCAGCGGCCACUACUUCUGCUACAUCCGCGACUUCGAAGCCAACGUCUGGCGGAAGUACAACGACGAGAACGUGAGUGUUGUCAGCGAGGCAGCGGUCUACGGCGAGAGCGGCGGUGUCCUGCCGACUUAUGCCGUCUAUGUCCGUGACCAGGACAAGGCGCAGCUCGUGGAUCCGUUCCCGGAGGAGUCGAAGCGAGCCGCAGCCGCCGAGCGUGUGCCCGAGUUUUCGGGAGUACAGGGUGGGGAUACGCCGAUGCCGGAUGCGGUUGAGGAGAAGGCGAUACUGACCCAGGGCGUGGAUCCGGUGUUUGGAAGAGACAAUCAGUCUUAUCCUACCCCGCCUUACGAGUCUUGA